AUGGUCUCUGCCUCCUCCAUCAUUCUGUGCAUUUCAAUUUUUUUGGUUUUCGGAUUUGUUGUUCAAUGUGAAGAAGUCGGACUAGGCAAGCAUGUUUUGGUUAACGAGACAAUUAUUGAGCUCAAGAACAAUACGAGGAUUGCCGAAAACGACACGGAUCUUGAACAAUACAGGAAGCUGGAGGGCGCUUGUGAUGUCACUUUGGACAAUGAGGGAAAUAUCAUUCUUUCGUACUCCAAAAAUUCCAGCACGACUGAGUUUGGCUGUUCUGUUGAUUUGGUUACAAAGAAUGAAGGUCAAAUCUUAUUGGAAUUCGGUAUCUCACACUCUGGUAAUCUAUCCGAAUGUAUCACGCGGGAUACAAAUACUGCGUUCCCAAAUAAUAUAAUAUCGUUUUCCUACAGCAUGAAUGGAAGUGAAUUCGAAGAACUCAAAAAUGGUCCUAAAACAGGGGAUAACAGUGACUGUAGUAAUAAGGAUAACUGCAUUGCUCAAAGAGGCGUUUGCAGGAAUUCGACAGCCUUCUAUUCUGUUAGAUGGAUUCCAAGAUUAGAUCCAUUAUUUUCAACUGGAAGCUUUACCUACUUUUUACAACCAGUUGGUGAUGUAAAUGGUAUACAUGCUGUAGCUAGUAUGAACGAGACAUUCAAACUUCUGAUUAAAGAAAUAGAAUUGCGCUUUCCUGUAGUGGAUAAACGGCUAGAAUAUAUUUGCUACAAGAAAGUUAAACUUCAAAAGGCCGAAGAAUGGCAGAUUGUGGACGAUAAUUACAUCAAGGAUACCAACCAUCAAAAUUUCACCUAUCUCUUUACUUUCAACAUUAUGCCAGUAAAGGCGAUGCGACAAAGCUUUCAGGAUAUUUAUGGAAAUUGUGAUAAGCAUCCAGAAAAUCCGGGUUGUGAUAAGGAUGCAAGCAUGCAAAAAUGUGACAGAAUAUUCAUUCGAUUCAGUACAACGACUCAAUCUACGAAAGGAGAAAGCACUACUACAGGGGAAGAAACAGAUGAUUAUUAUGAAACGACUACAAGAAAAGGCUUCACAAAAUAUCCAAAGACUUCAGAAUUGGGAACGUUUACUAUUGUUUUAAUUACUAUCGGAAUUUUAAUAUGUAUUACAAUAUUCAUCGGCAUUCUAAUAUUCUUCGUGUUUUGUGUGUUCUGUGGCAAGGAUAAAAAGAAAAAUAAGCCAAAUGAAGAAGAAAAUUCUCCUUAUACGCCUAUUACAGAAACUAAUAAAGACUUUGCUAUUGGAGAGAAAGGAGUCCAUUCAAAGGGAGAUUCGAAGAAUUUAAAGGGAGAUUCUUCUACAGUUGUUGAAACACAAAUUGACCCUACAGAAUCGUUGAAUAAUCCAUCUACUGUUGUUGAUACACAACUAGAUUUUGAUGUUAAAGCUGGUGCUGAAGUUCCCGAUAGUAUUAUGUAUUAG